UUGUUACUCUUUUGGGUUUUUCAUCCCACAUUGCACUUCAAAAAAAACAACACACAUACAUGUAUGCGGCAACAGCAAUCCAGAAGCUCGCUCUGAUGGCCUCAAAACCUAAGCCCUCUCGCCUCCCUAACUUGGCGGGAGCAAGGUGGGAAAGUGUAGCAAAGAAGCCUAGGAUGAUGACUACUGACGCCUCUUUAACUGACGCUUUUAGCAAAUAUGCUGACUAUCUCAACAAUCUUAAUGAGAAGAGAGAGAGAGUUGUGAAAGCAAGCCGUGAUAUCACAAUGAACAGCAAAAAAGUUAUUUUUCAGGUGCACAGAAUUGGCAAACAUAACAAAGAUGAAGUACUAGAGAAAGCAGAGAAGGAUCUACAAGCCGUGAGGGAUCAACAUGUCUCCCGACUUGUGAAAGAAUUGAAUGGGACUGACUUUUGGAAGCUGAGACGUGCAUAUUCACCUGGGGUACAAGAAUAUGUUGAAGCAGCAACAUUCUGCAAAUUUUGCCGAACUGGAACUCUUCUGAAUCUUGAUGAGAUAAAUGCAACUUUCUUACAUUUAAAUGGUUCUUCCAUUGAGCCUCUGCAGAUUAAUAUACUUGACUACAUUUUGGGGGUUGCAGACUUGACAGGAGAGCUAAUGAGACUGGCUAUUAGCCGAAUAUCAGACGGGGAACUUGACUUUGCUGACAAGAUAUGCAGAUUUGUACGUGAUUUGCAUAGGGAGCUGACCAUUAUUGUCCCAGACAUGGAUGAUAGCCAUGAUAUGAAAUUCAAAAUGGAAAUUAUGCUUCAAAGUGUGAUGAAAAUAGAAAACGCUUGCUUUGGUGUUCAUGUGAGAGGAUCAGAGUAUAUACCAUUGCUCGGAGAAAUGGACCCUAGCUACACACUGAUGGGAGUUCCGGAUAUGGAGCUGUAAAUUAUACCUGGAAUGUAGUAAACUUUUAAACUUUGUACCAAAUCUAGGUGGUGUUUUUUACGUUUUAGCAUUUAGCUAGGUGAAACGUGACGCUAGAUGAAAUGAAAAAUCUAGGUAGUUGAAAUGGCAUUUUAGUUGCUAAGGUAAGUUUUUGAAAUGCUAGCUUUAGCUGAAAGCUUCAUUAAGCUUUUCAAAGUUUAGUUCACUACCUUAUUAUUGUAAACAUUAAUUUAGACUAAUUUUUUGCAAUGUUGCUAAAAGAUGAUACACCCUUUAACAA